GGGGAUUACUAGCAAGCGCCAAGUAUGGCGGUGGCGCGCGUCGACGCGACUUUGCCUACCGGAGAGGGAUCAGUGGUCAAUUGGUCAGGGCAAGGAUUACAGAAAUUAGGUCCAAAUUUACCCUGUGAAGCUGACAUUCACACCUUGAUUCUGGAUAAAAAUCAGAUUAUUAAAUUGGAAAAUCUGGAGAAAUGCAAACGAUUAAUACAGUUGUCAGUGGCUAAUAAUCGGCUUGUACGGAUGAUGGGUGUGGCGAAACUGACCCAACUUCGUGUUUUAAAUUUGCCUCAUAAUAGCAUUGGCUAUGUGGAAGGGCUGAAGGAACUAGUACAUUUGGAAUGGCUGAAUUUGGCAGGAAAUAAUCUCAAGGCCAUGGAGCCCAUCAAUAGCUGCACAGCUCUGCAGCAUCUCGAUUUAUCCGACAACAACAUACCCCAGAUAGGUGACCUAUCUAAAUUGGUGUCCCUGAAGACUCUGCUUUUACAUGGAAACAUUAUCACUACUCUUAGAAUGGCACCCACUUAUCUACCCAGAAGUCUUGCUAUUCUUUCUUUGGCAGAAAAUGAAGUCCGGGACUUAAAUGAGAUCUCAUUUUUGGCAUCGUUAACCGAAUUGGAGCAGUUGUCGAUCAUGAACAAUCCUUGUGUGAUGGCAACACCUUCCAUUCCAGGGUUUGAUUAUCGGCCAUACAUUGUCAGUUGGUGCUUAAACCUCAGAGUCCUAGAUGGAUAUGUGAUUUCUCAGAAGGAAAGUCUGAAAGCCGAAUGGCUCUAUAGUCAAGGCAAAGGGAGAGCAUACCGGCCGGGUCAGCACGUUCAGCUUGUCCAGUAUCUGGCUACAGUCUGUCCUCUCACCUCUGCGCUGGGCCUGCAGACUGCAGAGGAUGCCAAACUGGAGAAGAUUCUGAGCAAACAGAGGUUUCAUCAGAGGCAGCUGAUGAAGCAAAGCCAGAAUGAAGAGUUGUCUUCCCUUGUUCCCGUUGAAGCACGGGCAAACCCUGCGCCUGAGCGUGCCAGUCCCGUUCAGGAUUCCCAGUCAGUCCAGGAAAGUGAACCCUUCGUUCAAGUGAAUUCUUGGGUUGGGAUAAGCAGUAAUGAUGACCAACUGUAUGCUGUUAAGAAUCACCUCGCAGCCUCUGUGCAUACUUCAAGAUAUUCUCGAAAUGAUCUACACCUAGAAGACAUACAGACAGAUGAGGACAAGUUAAACUGUAGCCUUCUCUCUUCAGAGUCUACUUUUAUGCCAGUUGCAUCAGGACUAUCUCCAGUCUCUCCUACAGUUGAACUAAGAUUACAGGGCAUUAACCUGAGCCUAGAAGACGAUGGUAUUACAGAUGGAUCUGUGAUACGGCUAGAAAGCCAGAGCUUGGAUAAGGAAGAAGAAAAAGCUUUAUGGGCUUCAAAAGAGAGUUCUGUUGAAAUGAUAAAAAGUGAGGUGUGCACAGAGGCAAAUGAGAAAGGUGGGCUAUUACCAUGUCCUGAGCCAGCAGUCAUCAGCGCCAUGUUGAACGAUGGUAAUUGUAACCUCACAUCUCCUGAGUCAGUCAGACAGGAUGUUCCCCAUUCGCAGCCAGUUAGUGAAGAAGCCGCGUCUCAAACAGCUUCAGAAAAACUUCCUUGCAGGGUUUUAACCCAGAGAUCCGUUGCUUUGGGACAAGAUAAAAUUGUGCUUCAGAAAUUGAGUGACGCGGCCACCAAGCUUCAGGCCUGUUGGCGGGGUUUUUAUGCCCGGAAGUACAACCCUCAAGCCAAAGAUGUGCGCUGUGAGAUCCGGCUGCGCAGGAUGCAGGAGCACAUUGUCUGCUUAACUGAUGAAAUACGGAGGUUAAGAAAAGAAAGAGAUGAAGAACGUGUUAAAAACAUUGUACAAGAAGAAGCUGUUAAAUUCCUUUGGAAUCAGGUAAGAUCUCUGCAAGUUUGGCAACAGACAGUGGACCAGUAUCUAAAUUCCUGUCAUGUGGAUAUACCUCCUAUCUCCAGUACCCUCGUGCCAUCUAAAUCUCCAUUACCCACGCAAAGGCAGGAGCCAUCUUGUGAUCAAAAUUCUGAUUGCCUCAUUGCUUCUAAUGAAAUUCCACAAGAGAAGUCUUUACUAGAAUUUCCAGACUCUGGUUUUCAUUCUUCUUUAACAGAACAAGUGCAAUGUUUACAGAAUUCUUUGGAUUUUGAAAAAAGUUCCACAGAAGGCAGUGAAAGUUCCAUAAUGGAAAAGUCCAUUGACACAGUCAAAUAUGGCAAAGAAUCAGACUUAGAGAAUGGCAGUGAAGAACAUGGUGAAUGGAAUAAGGAGAACUCAAACGACGAGCAGGAUAAUAGUCUGCUUGAAGAGUAUUUAACUUCAGUUCAGCAACUGGAAGAAGCUGAUGAGAGGACAAAUGGUGAGGAAGACGUGAGAGAUAGGAAGCUUCACAUUGCUUAUUCUCAGGAAAAGUUAGAUCCCUUGUCUGACAGUGCUUCUGAACACGGGGCUCACCGGCUGUCUCCUACUGUACGAGGUGAAAUCAGUCAGACACCAGAGAAUUGUGAAUCAAACGCAGAAGUUCAAGGGCAGCAGCCAGAAUGUGAUUCUGCAUUUCAGGCUUUGCAUGUUGGUGCUACAGUUUAGCAUGCCUGGUUUCUUGGGAAGCAGAAAUGCCCUUAACUGUAAGAGCAUUUUAGUUACUCUUUUUUUUUUUGAAAGGUAAUACUUCUCCCAACUUUGUUACUAUUUAUAUUGAAUUUAUAUUCUUGUCCCAUAUUUUUCAGAUUCUAGGUAGUGAGCUGAGUCUUGUUUUGAUUUUGCUAGCUUUUUACUUGGCUGUAACAUACCAAACAAUAUUUAUAUUUAAAGCUAUAUGCACUUUAUUUCUUAAUAGUUGUAUCAGUGUUCCUAUGUCUUUUCAUGUGCUUAUUUCCUUUCAAGAAUAAAAUCAAUUAUUUGAAAGAGAAUAGAAAAAUGAACGGUGUAAGAGGAUUUUGAUUUUUUUUAAAUCUGAGGGGAUUAAUUAUGUAGCAAGGAGUGCAUGUGUUAAAGUGAAUACAAACAAGAAGAGGAUUGUGAACUACUGAAAUUUGCCCAUUUCCAUAGCAUGAGAAUAUGUUUUUAUAAAGCCUUUUUUUUUUCCUUUCUGAGGGAAAGAAAGUCUUUUAACCAAAUUUAGGAAGAAAAGGUAAGGGUUCCUCAGUGGAGACGA